AUGGCCGAAUCCAAGUGCCCCGUUGCCCACACCGUCCCCAAUGUCGCCGGACAAGGAACCCAGCGACGCGACUGGUGGCCCGAUUCUCUCAAGACCAACAUCUUGAGACAACACACGAACGUCACCAACCCCCGAGGCGAGAACUUCGACUAUGCUGCCGCUUUCAAGACUCUCGACUAUGAGAGUCUCAAGAAGGACCUGCGAGAGCUUAUGACCGACUCGCAGGAGUACUGGCCUGCUGAUUUCGGCCACUAUGGUGGUCUCUUCAUCCGAAUGUCGUGGCACAGCGUCGGUACCUACCGAGUGUUUGAUGGUCGUGGUGGAGGCCGACAGGGACAACAACGAUUCGCUCCCCUCAACAGCUGGCCUGACAAUGUCUCUCUCGAUAAGGCCCGUCGCCUGCUCUGGCCGAUCAAGCAGAAGUAUGGAAACAAGAUCUCCUGGGCGGAUCUGAUUGUCCUCACCGGCAACGUUGCUCUUGAGUCCAUGGGCUUCAAGACCAUCGGCUUCGCCGGUGGCCGCGAGGAUACAUGGGAAGCGGACGAAUCGACUUAUUAUUUAAGUUUACAACAGUGCAAUGACGUUCGCUACUCCGACGGUCAUCCUGGCACAGCGAAGGCUGGCGCCAUUGAUUCUGAUGAGACCCCACAUAAAGAUAUUCACAAGCGCAAGCUGGAGGAACCUCUAGGCGCAGCCCACAUGGGACUUAUCUACGUGAACCCUGAAGGACCUGAUGGUAAUCCUGAUCCUGUUGCUGCUGCUCGAGACAUUCGUGAUACAUUUAGCCGCAUGGCCAUGAACGAUGAGGAGACCGUUGCUCUCAUUGCCGGAGGCCACUCUUUCGGCAAGACCCACGGAGCAGGUUCCUCCGAUCACGUCGGUCCCGAGCCCGAGGCUGCAGGCCUUGAGGCGCAGGGCCUCGGCUGGGCCAACUCUUACAAGUCCGGAAAGGGUCCCGACACCACCACCAGUGGACUCGAGGUGACCUGGACCAAGACUCCCACUAAGUGGAGCAACAACUUCUUCGAGUACCUCUUCAAGUUUGAGUGGGAGCUCACCAAGAGUCCCGCCGGUGCUCACCAGUGGGUGGCCAAGGAUGCUCCCGAGAUCAUCCCCCAUGCCUACGACCCCAACAAGAAGCAGCGCCCUACCAUGCUGACCACCGAUCUUUCUCUCCGAUUCGAUCCCGAGUAUGAGAAGAUCUCCCGACGCUUCCUCAACAACUUUGAGGAGUUCUCCGAGGUCUUUGCCAAGGCUUGGUUCAAGCUUACCCACCGUGAUAUGGGUCCCGUGUCGCGCUACCUCGGCCCCGAGGUUCCUAAGGAGAGCUUCUUGUGGCAGGACCCCGUUCCCGAGGUCGACUUUAAGCUGGUCGAUGAGGGUGACGUCGCCGCCAUCAAGACCGAGAUCCUCAAGUCCGGCUUGAGUGCCACCCAGCUGGCCUCUACUGCCUGGGCCUCUGCCUCCACCUUCCGAGGCAGUGACCUUCGCGGCGGUGCCAACGGCGCCCGCAUCCGCCUUGAGCCCCAGAAGAACUGGGAGGUCAACAACCCUGCCCAGCUUAGCAAGGUCCUCAGCGUCCUUGAGGGCAUCCAGCAGAAGUUCAACAACGCUCAGCCCACCGGCAAGCGUAUCUCUCUUGCUGAUGUCAUUGUCCUCGCUGGUUCCGCCGGUGUUGAGAAGGCUGCCAAGGAUGCUGGCUUCUUUGUCUCCGUCCCCUUCACUCCCGGCCGCACCGAUGCUACUCAGGAGCAGACCGACAUCCAGUCCGUCAACCACCUCAAGCCCUCCGUCGAUGGCUUCCGAAACUACGGACAGUCGACACCGCGUGUCAAGCUUGAGCACCUGCUCAUUGACCGUGCUCAGCUUCUGACUCUGUCCCUACCCGAGCUGACUGCCCUCAUCGGUGGUCUCCGAGCCCUCAACGCUAACUGGGAUGGCUCUUCCCACGGUAUCUUCACCGACCGCCCCGGUGCCCUCACCAACGACUUCUUCGUCAACCUCCUCGACAUGGGCACCGUCUGGAAGCCCGUCGGCGACGGCGACCUCUUCGAGGGCUCCGACCGCAAGACCGGAGCCAAGAAGUGGACCGGUACCCGCGUCGACCUCGUCUUCGGCUCUCACGCCGAGCUCCGCGCUCUGUCUGAGGUGUACGCCGAGGCUGGCGGUGAUGAGAAGCUGGUCAAGGAUUUCGUCGCUGCUUGGGUCAAGGUGAUGAACCUGGACCGAUUCGACAUUGGCAAGGCGCCUACGCUGAACGUGUCUCCUCGUCUGUAA